CUCAAGAUAUGACCAUUACGUGUGGACCUCGCAAGUGUUUCAUGGUAAAAGACCACGAAGAGUGGAAAAACACGACUACAUGGCCAUCACCUUUUAUGGAACUGACUUUGGCUUCGGUGGUCUGCCUAUACCUCGAAAGCCGGGACAUCUAUGGUCUGUAAUUCAUGAAGAAUCUCCAAAGAAUAAUGAUUGGUUGUUUUCCGCUAAAUCCACCAUGUCCCUAUUUAAUCUGACGGCAACCUUCAAGCGACAGUCUCACUACUCCUUCCCGACCAUGUGGCUCCGUGAUGAGCGGGAGUUGACCGACACCCAGUUCAUGGUGUCCAUCGCUGAGAAGAACCGGUUGAGACGAGGAGGUCUGGCUCCUGUGGUGUUUGUCCACAUGGACUGCCACACCGCCUCCGACCGCAGCCAUUACAUGCGACUGCUGCAACGAUACAUAAAAAUAGACUCCUACAGCGACUGCGAGCACAACAAGGAUUUCCCUGCCAAUAACUUGACUUUCGGAUCUCUGAAGGGUAUGGCACCUAUGUUGUCGGAUGGUUUCUUCAAACUUAUAGCCCAGUACAAGUUUACGUUCGCCUUUGAAAACGCUGUGUGCGACGAUUACAUUACAGAGAAGUUCUGGAGACCACUACGACUUGGGAUCGUUCCCAUUGUUUUUGGAUCCUCAACAAUUAAGGAUAUGGCUCCUUCGGACCACUCAAUCAUCGACAUUCGGGACUUUAAGUCAGUUAAAGAAGUAGCAGAUCUUAUUACGUUCCUUGACACAAAUGAUGAGGAGUACCUGAAGUACUUGACUUUCAAACAGACAGGAGUCACAAACCCAGUACUGAAAGAGGAGCUGAGGAAACGAGACUGGGGAAUUGGCAAAAGUUACCUUUCUCAUUUUACCGGUUUUAACUGUUUUGUAUGCGACAAACUUCAUGAGAUGAAAAACCAGGUUCGAAAUGGUCAACCGGUGACUCAGUGGUCCGGCAAGUUUGACCAUUACGGGUGUCCUGUGCCAAAGGUAUUUGAUGAUCAAGGACGUUAUGUGGUAGAGAACAAUCUCUGGUUAGAACCCUUCUCAUACGCUGAGUUUUAUGAACAUUCUCUUCGUUAUCAUAUUGACAAUAAUAUUAAUGCAAAUAUAAGUGAAAUUCACAAGUAUGCAGACAGGCUGCUGAAACAGGCCCUACGGGAUGGAAUCAGACUUCCAUUAUAGGUGAGUGAAUGAGUGAGGUGGGGUUUACGCCGCUUUGAACAAUAUUUGAGCAAUAUCACGGUAGGGGACACCUGAAAUGGGCUUCACACAUUGUGGCCAUGUGGGGAAUCGAGCCCGGGCCUUCGUUGUGACGAGUGAACUCUUUAACCAUUAGGCUACCAUGCCUCCCCUUCCGGUGUAGGUGAAGCUUGUGGUGAAUCAUCUGCGUUAUUCGUCAGUUUGCUUCCAUGAUGUUUCUAGGUAUUGAGCGUUCUCAGUGAGGUCACCGGUGACGUUGAAGUAGUUGUAGUUAUAGCACAAAGCGUGCAGUAAAUACGAGUAUAGCGAACUCAAAGGGACGAAUAAUAUUAGUUCGUUAUAACCGUAGUUAGUUAUAACCGUAGUUCGUUAUAGCGUUGUUCGUUAUAGCCGUUG